AUGGUCGCUACUGUUCGUCACCCUGCACCCGAUUUCAAGAAGACUGCCGUUGUCAACGGCGUCUUUGAGGAUGUUUCCCUUGAUUCCUAUAAGGGUAAAUGGCUAAUCUUGGGCUUCGUCCCCUUGGCCUUCACUUUUGUCUGCCCUACUGAGAUUAUUGCCUACUCCAACGCUCUGGACAAGUUCAAGGAGCGCAACGCUGAGGUUCUCUUUGCGUCUACCGACUCUGAGUUCUCUUUGUUGGCCUGGAACAACCUGGCCCGCAACGAGGGUGGUUUGGGUCAGGUCAAGAUCCCACUGGUCGCUGACACCAACCACCACUUGUCUCGCGACUACGGUGUUCUCGUCGAGGAGGAGGGUAUUGCUCUCCGCGGCAUCUUCAUCAUCAACCCCGAGGGUGUCAUCCAGCAGAUCACCAUCAACGACACUCCCGUCGGCCGCAGCGUUGACGAGACCCUGCGUCUCCUUGAUGCCCUGCAGUUCGCUGCCGAGCACGGUGAGGUCUGCCCCGCCAACUGGCAGAAGGGCGACGAGGCCAUUGACACUAGCAACGCCUCCAAGUAUUUUUCUAAGCAAAAGUAA